AUGGUAUUAUUAAAUAAUUCUAAAUUCAUUGAAGAAUUAACAAAACUAUGCAACAAAAAUGAAGAACAUAAUAGAGCUUCUAUAUGGAUUACUAUAAAGAAAGUUAAAAGAAGUGAUAUUAAAAUGCGCAUUCCAAAAAAUGAAAUUAGUGACAAAAGAAAUAAAAAAAAUCAUAAAGAUGAAAAUAAAAAUAACAAAAAUUAUUUUUGUAUAAUCAGAGCAACAGAUGGCAAAAAAAUUAAAUUAUCUACACAUGUUUCGGAUGAUAUAAUUAAUUUUUCUCAAGAAAUAAAUAAUAUAAUAAAAAAAUAA